GAUAUAUUGAAUCAUCCCCAAUCACAGCCAAAAGUGACAAAGGUGCAAAAUUAAUUGAAAGAAAUAGUUCCAAUUUCGUAAGAUGGCAAUUGUCAGCCGAAAUAAUAUUACGUUAGGAAUUUGCAUAUUGAUUGCAUUUAUAUUAGUGGGAAAUAUAAACUUUGGUGUAGAUGCAGCAGAAAAAGAGAUACCCGCAACAAAAUUUGGUCAAAAUGUUGGAGGGCCGACAAUGACAUUUUUAUAUUGUUACUCGUGUGGUUAUCGCAAAGCUUUUGAGGAUUAUGUCAACAUUUUGUCAGAAAGGUAUCCACAAAUUACAGUAACCGGUGCCAAUUAUGAUCCACCCGGCUUCAACAUGUACCUUUCCCGGAUUGUAUUUGCGGCAAAAAUCCUUUUCAUCGUAGUGAUUGUUUCCUCAUUUGAUGUGUUCGGUGUAUUUGGUCAACAAAUUCCAAGCUGGUGGCAGCAUUUGCUAGAUAAUAAAUUGUACGCAUGUAUGAUGGUAUUUUUUGUAGGGAAUAUGCUUGAGGGGCAGCUUGUGGCUUCUGGAGCGUUCGAAAUAUCACUGAAUGAUGUGCCAGUUUGGUCUAAAUUACAAACAGGGCGUAUACCUGCGCCUCAAGAACUGUUUCAGAUUAUAGACAAUCAACUUCAAUUUACAGAAACAAUUCAAGAGAAUCCAGACUUUGUUAAAUAAUAAUUAGACCAUGCCUACGCGCACCAUAUACGAACAUAGCUCAACUAUGGGAGUAAAUAGGAAAUCGAAGAUGGAGUAUUUGAAGUAUGUUUCUAUAGCUAGAUUCAUUGUGUAGGAGAGUUUUAGUUAUUUUUACAAAAUUUCUAAACUGGAGCUGUGCUGAUAAUUUAGUAUUGGCUGGUGGGGGAUGUUAAGUACCAUAAGCAAAUAUUCUGAAGUCAUAUCCAAGACGAUUUGGUUUAAUUUAAGUUUAGAUGUUUAUAUGUUUGUUUUUUAAGUUCAACAAUAUACUUGUCAUUCUGCAGUUAAUUGGAUAUAUUCUAGAUUUUGGCCGUUAUGAUAUGUCAACAAAAUUUAUAAACACCUAUUUAAAUAAACUAAAAUUAAAAAAAGUC